AUGGCCUCCUCCUACUACAACCCGCCGCCCUCCUCCUACGCCGCCCCGGCCCCUCCCCCGCCGGGCGCCUCCGCGUACGCGUACCGCCACCACGCCGCCUACCCGCCCCAGCCCCCGCCCCCGGCCUACGGGGGCUACUUCGACCGCGCGGAGCCCCUGGCGCCGCCGCGCGACGAGCUGCGCACGCUCUUCAUCGCCGGCCUCCCCGCCGACGUCAAGCCCCGCGAGGUCUAUAACCUCUUCCGCGACUUCCCCGGAUACGUCUCCUCCCACCUCCGCUCCGGCAAAUCACCUCAGUCGUAUGCGUUUGCUGUGUUUGCAGAUCAACCUUCUGCGUUAGCUGCAAUGAGUGCCACAAAUGGAUUGACAUUUGACCUUGAGAAGAAUUGUUCGAUUCAUGUGGAUCUCGCGAAAGCCAAUUCAAGACCAAAGCGCCCGAGAACAGAUUACGAUUUCCCUACAUCUGGGAAAAAAUCUAGAAAUCCAAGGGACCUUCCUGAUUCAGGUGCUGGAAGCAAUAUUCACAUGUCCGGAAUGGGUAAUUCUUCACACAGCUUGAAUGCUUAUCCUUCUGCACAAAGAUACGCAAAUACUGGCUCCAGUACUGCCUUCAGCAAGGAUCCAUCAAUGUUUGCUCCCCAAACCAAUCCUCCAUGCCCUACCCUUUUUGUUGCAAACCUUGGUCAGUCUGUUUCUGAGCGUGAGCUAACAGAUGUUUUCUCAAGUUGUGAGGGAUUCAUAAAGCUGAAGAUGCAAAACAAGUUUGGAGGACCAGUUGCAUUUGUUGAUUUCAAGGAUGAGUACAGUUCAACUGAAGCCCUAAAUCGUCUCCAAGGAGCUAUUCUACAUUCUUCACCUGUCGAGGGCAUGCGUGUAGAAUAUGCUAAAUCUCGGAUGGGCCUGCGUAGGCGGUCCUAAAUGCAGCAGAGUGGUGUUCUUCGUCGACUGGUGUUGAAAUGAUGUUCAGUCCGAUGACAUAAUUUAUGCAGUGAAAUGUCUUACUCCUGAUGUUAGGUUGCGGAGGUCUUUAGUUUAGUUGCAUCACUUAUUCUUGUUUUGUGGCUAUCAUUCGGUUUCUUAGAUCAUGUUUCUGCGUCCUGUAUAAUAUUCAAGUCAUGUGUUUUGCUCAAUUCACUGCUGAAUCCACGGCGGUAAUGUUCAAAUAUGUGGGUCUGAGGGUUCAGUUGUGUAGUAAACCAAAUGCUCUUGUUCAUGGAUGGCAGAACAGGGAGAUAUUAUUCCGAAAGGUUACAGUGUACCAUGGAUGGUGUACAUCCUUCCACAAA